AUGGAUUCAGAAGCCUUCAAGGUAUUAGAAAAAUACUGUAAACGCAGAUACAGACAUGGAUCAGCUCAUUACUACGCUGAGACAUCCAACGUAUCUAAUCAGAACAUAAGCUCUACAUUCCAUGGCCUUUCAAAUGACAAUUUAUGGCAAUCGCCGUUUCAAAGCGCCCAAAAUGUUGUUGAACUUGCUGAAGGCGUCAGGUAAGAUGCUGUACUCUACUAUCCUACUCUCUUCUCCAGUCCAUCGUCUCUUCCCCAAUUUUUUCCACACCCAGCCUACUCUGUCCACCAUUCGUCCCAGACGGAGGCUACAACUACUUUUUAACUUUCAGCCAAAAAUCAGCGACAGUAUCAAAGUUCCGUCAAAUUUGGCUACGCUUCAAAAAUUUCUACACUAAUUAUGGUUUAAAAUAUCUCUCAAUCAUAGCUUUAACAAUGGCAUUUGCACUGCUCGGUGGCUUAAUGUUCUAUCAUUUGGAAGCGCAAGCAGAAAUUGAUCGGCUUGAAACCGUUAAUAAGGUAAGCUCCAAAGGCUUACUUUAUUUAGAUUUUUAAAAAAAUUAAAUUCCGAAAAUUCCAUUUGUCAAUUUUUUCAGAUAAUCCGCCAACGACAAGAAAUUUUGUUAUCAGACAUUAACAACCUGGUUGAGUCACCAAGUUGUUUUAAGCAGCGAUCACAUAUGUUUGAGCCUUUAAAUGUCAGAUGCAAACGAAAAUUACUAACUGUAAUCAAAGAUUACACCCAAGCGGUAAAAUAUGACACGUGUGGUCCUGACUCCAAAUGGGUAUGGGACUAUUGGAACGCAGUGUUCUUUGCGUUGUCACUUAUGACUACUAUCGGUAAGGUCAUAUAAUAUUAACAUUAAUAGCAAAUCAACAAAUCAAUUAUGAUAGCAAUAAACAUAACUACUAUAAUUUAAAAAAUCAUUAAAAUAUAUAAAAUCUAUAAAAUCAAAUAUAAAACCAAUAAUAAAUCAUUCAGGUUACGGUAACAUGUACUGCAAAACGUACCAAGGUAGAAUUGCUACAAUAUUUUAUGGCCUUCUCGGUAUACCUAUCAUGUUGAUAUUGCUUAAUACUAUUGGCCACUUUUUCUUCAAUAAUCUUCAAGCUCUUUGGGAAACUACUACUAGGUAAUCCUGUCUACCUACCCUACUUAACCCUAUUCUUAUUCUACCUAACAUGCUCUAUUUCACCUUGUCCCUUCUUAUACACAACCUGGCCUUAAUCAACCUUUUGUUAUCAUAUCCUAUUUUUAGGUAUAUAAAAUCCAAAACCCGUGCAAUAAGACGUCGUAUACGAUGGAACCGCAAGCAUACGACUGCGAGCAACGAAGAAAAGGUGUUUAAUGUAAUUUAAUUUUCCACUAACCUAGUAAAAUCAUACUUUUAGGUAGCGGAAGACAGUGAAACUUUAAGCGAAGAUGACAUUUUUCAAACAUAUCCAUUAUUUUUGGCUUUGGCCAUAGUUUUCACUUAUAUUAUGUUAUGUUCAUUGAUAUUGCGGUUAUGGGAAGAAUGGGAUUGGUUUACGGCUUUUUACUUUCUGUUCAUCUCAAUGAGUACCAUUGGUAUGUUGGCGUAUAAAAAAUUCUUAAAAAUUUAAUUUAGGGCUUGGAGAUGAAAUGCCAGAUCAUCCUCAUUAUGCCUCAUGUAAGUUUAGAUAUACUUGUUUGUAAACAAUCUAUAUUAGACUUAAAAUAACAUCUCAAAUAUAUCAAUAAUUAUUUUAGGCUUCUUCAUCUUCUUCAUAAUAGGCCUAUCACUGGUCUCUAUGUGCAUAUCAAUGUUACAAAUGCGUGUGGAAAACCGAUAUAUGCAAGCUUUACAAUUGAUCGAUGAACAACGGCAAACUUUGUUUGCUAGUAUUAGAAAAGACAAGGUAGAAGAUGAAGUAGAAGCUAUAGAUGAGAAUCAAAACAAAAAUGUACAAAAAGAAGCCGACGAUGAUACCAAAAACAUGCUUGGAGUCAGAUGGAGAGGAACCAGUAGGCCUAAUAGCAGUAUGUUGAAACAAUUUUUAAUUACUUUACCUCGUCUUAGGCGGCCUUACUCUACUUUACUUUACCCUACGCUACUCUAUUUUACAUGAUACGCCCUGCUUUAACCCAGUUUACCUUGUUAUUAAAUGUAACCUUAUAAUAGUAACCAUCUAUGAAAUUAGAAUUUUCAGACGACAGUGUGUUUUCGGAUCCGUUCUUUACAUCGCCAAUACUACAAACUCUGUUCCGUUACUCGCAACACGGCGAUCAACGAAACAAUAGAAUGUAAGGAAAAUAAAUCGUAUCAAAGUUUAGCUAACAAGCUAACCAAGCAUAGUACUCUUUCUCAGCUCUAGCUGAAGCCUAAUUUUCUUACGAUAACUUGCACUCCUAAUCCCGUCGUUUUAGGUCAGAACAGUCGAUGCGACGUGAAGCACCGCUAGCGAAAGUUGAUUUUGAGGUUAGUUGAUGUACCCACUAAUUAGCGUGCUUUAAGGCUGACGAUGGCGCAAAUGAGCGGUUCUGA